AUGAAAGCUCCGCUGUUUUAGCCAGGGGCCAGCAAGGAAGAAGAAGAAAGGGUAUUGGCCGUCGGCCGAGACUGCCGCCCAAUAGAAGCAGGCCAAGCCCUCUACUCAGGCGCGCCGCUUGAGUUGCUGGGGAAGCGGCUGUUGGAGUCUGUUCAACGCGAGUGUUUUCGGGGAGAUAGCUGCUUCCCCUGCGGCCUCAAGCGUCUGACCACUGUUCUUCCGGAUUCAGCAAUGGCUCAUGAAGCAAUGGAAUAUGAGCUUCAGGUGCAGUUAGAUCAUCAUGCUGCAGAACAGUCUGCUCCUGCCGAGGUGGUCAGCAGCCAGGGGGGACCACUCCUGCCUCAGCUUCCUCCUGACCAAGUGGUCAGCAGCCAAGAGGGACCACCCGUAUUUCCGCCUGCACCUGCUGACGUGGUCAGCAGCCAAGGGGGACCACCCCUGCUCCAGCCUCCUCCUGAUGAAGUGGUCAGCAGCCAAGGGGGGCUGCCCUCGCUUCAACCUGCUCUGCAGGUGUCCGCUGACGUGACAGAAGAGGUGGCGCUCUCAGGAGAAGAGAGUGUGGAGAACAUCCGUCCGGCGGCUUCAGAGGAGCACAGGCGGGGCUCUGGCGCUCCCCAUACUGCCCAGGUGUCUUCAUUGGACUCAAUGAACACCUUCAUCAGCGGGCUGCAGAGACUUCAUGGCAUGCUGGAAUUCCUGAGGCCACAUUCAGACCACAGCGUGGGGCCAGUGAGGGCGAGGAGGAGGAGGAGUUCGGCUUCACACAGGGCAAGAGCCGGAGGGUCUCAGAGGACGAGCGGUGGCAGGUCGAGAGCACCACUGGAUGCUUACUUUCAAGUGAGCAGGACGCAGCCUCAUUUGCCAGAAACCUCUUACGACUCAGAGACUAGGAAUCCUGCCUCUGAAGACUUGCAGGUAUCAGAUAGUUCCGAUUCUGACAGUGACAGCUCCACAGAGCAUGAAGAGGGGGUUGUCCAGGCAGAGGAACCAGGAGCUGUUGUUUUAGAAGAGCAACUAGGAGGUAUCUCAGCACAAGAAGUUACACGUAUCAGUGGAGGAAAGACCCUCUCCAAACAGCAGUCUCCCCAGAAGUCUAGCCCCCUUCUACCUUCUGUGGAUGAGGAAGAAGGGGACACGUGCACAAUAUGUUUGGAACAGUGGACCAAUGCUGGGGAUCACCGGCUCUCAGCAUUGCGAUGUGGGCAUCUCUUCGGGUAUAAGUGCAUUUCCAAGUGGCUCAAAGGACAGACACGAAAAUGUCCCCAGUGCAACAAGAAAGCCAAGCACAGUGACAUUGUUGUCCUUUAUGCCCGAAACCUGAGAGCUUUGGACACUAGUGAACAGGAGCUCAUGAAAAGUUCAUUACAGAAGGAGCAGAUGCUAAGGGAGAAAGCUGAGUUAGAAUCGGCCAAAUGCCGGCUCCAACUUCAAGUCCUCACAGAUGAAUGCACUAAGCUUCAGAGACGUGUCCAGGAUUUGGAGGAACUUACUGUGCAGCAUCAGGAUCAUAUUUCACAGCAAUCCAGGUGCCUUCCCUCCAGCCAGAGCAAACGCAAGUACCAUUUCCAAAAGACCUUCACAGUGUCUCCUACAGGCAACUGCCGAAUCAUGAAAUACUGUGACUCUCUGAGCUGCCUGGUGGUAUCACAGCCUUCUCCUCAGGCCUCUUUCAUUCCAGGCUUUGGUGUUAAGAUGUUGAGUACUGCCAACAUGACAAGUAGUCAGUAUAUUCCUAUGCAUGGCAAACAGAUACGCGGACUGGCUUUCAGCAGUCGUUCCAAAGGUUUACUUCUCUCUGCUUCCCUAGACAGCACUAUUAAACUGACCAGCCUGGAGACAAAUACUGUGGUGCAGACUUACAAUGCUGGACGUCCCGUCUGGAGCUGCUGCUGGUGUCUUGAUGAAAACAAUUACAUCUAUGCUGGACUGGUCAACGGUUCGAUUCUAGCGUAUGACCUUCGAAAUACAAGCUCUCAUAUCCAGGAGUUAGUGCUUCCGAAAGCUAGGUGCCCGCUGGUAUCCCUGUCAUACAUACCCAGAGCUGCCUCGGCUGCAUUUCCAUAUGGUGGGGUGUUGGCUGGAACCUUGGAGAAUGCUUCCUUCUGGGAGCUGAAAGUGGGCUUUACUCAUUGGCCGCAUGUGCUACCCAUAGAGCCUGGGGGCUGCGUAGACUUUCAGACAGAGAGCAAUACCCGACACUGUCUUGUGACCUACAGGCCUGAUAAAAAUCACAACACCUUAAGGAGUGUGCUGAUGGAGAUGUCCUAUGCGCUGAAUGAUGCUGGAGAGCGAGUCUGCUCCUGCCAUCCUGUACAAACAUUCCUUGGGGGACCCACUUGCAAACUAUUGACCAAAAGUGCCAUUUUCCAAAACCCAGAAAAUGAUGGCAGCAUCCUAGUGUGUACUGGGGAUGAAGCAUCAAAUUCUGCACUGCUGUGGGAUGCUGGCAGUGGCUCGCUGCUGCAGGAUCUGCAGGCCCAUCAGCCGGUCAUGGACAUCUGCCCGUUUGAGGUGAACCAUAACAGCUACCUGGCUACCUUGACAGAGAAGAUGGUCCACAUCUAUAAGUGGGAGUGACCAUGGCCUUGAAACCUGUUGGGCAUGUUGCUGGUUAAUGUUAAAUGUUGUUUCCUGGCACCUCGAAGCCCUGAUCAAGUUCUGUGCUGAUUGUGGCCUAGAACUUUUGCAAUCAUGGCUACUUAGGGUUAGUAUGAUUCUAAGACUCCAGGUCACCAAGACACUACAGAUUGUGUAUUUCCAGUGUCCAUCAGAAGAGUGACUGGUACUCCAUCAACAUUAUCCAUUUCUUGGGUUAAAAGCCUUCAUUAAACUUUGUUGAGAAUCUAUAUUUUUUAUUCAGACUUUCUGCUGGACCUCAGAGGGUAUCCUUCCAGCAGGCAUUUAGGAUAUGAGUGUGCACCAAGCAUUUCCAGAGGAUGUGACAGCCCUCUAGAGUGGUCUUAUCACUUGAGCUCUAAGACUUGGGAAUGUUUAGUCCCUGGAGGGACUAACCAACCAUCUUGAUGCAGCGUGGACACAGAAGAGUCUUCAUGUGAACACAAGAGGGCGCUGAAGUACCUUGGGACAGAUUUGAUCUAUUUCCGACCUUAGCGGCUGAAAACCUUUUAGUGUAACUUGGUCCCAUCCCAGGUGUGUGGUAGAGCGCAUCCAGUCUGCUUCGUGGCAGGAACAGUUAUGUUCCAGGUGUGCCAUGCUGGGAUAUGGGCACACUCAGUGAUGAAGGUGGCUGGCGGACCCAUUCCUAAUGCCGAGUCUACCCAGUUCAUCACACUGUGGCAAUCAAGGAAAGAGACCCCUUGUUUGAGCACUAGAGAAGCCUCGCUUUUUUUCUAACCAGCUUAGGAUCUCAGGAUUGGUUUUAUAUAAGCCAGUGCUUUGAAGGCCACUCUUUUCCCCUCUCGCUAAGAAGAGAUAAGCCAUAUGUCAGAGCUCUCGAGGCUCUCCUAGGAUGAGAUGUCAGGAGCAAGGAGCCAUAACCAAGAGAGGCUGACGAAAGAGAAGCUGCUCAAACUGCUGUUGACAGCAGGAGAAGGGCGUGUUUGUCUCUUCCGUUAGCGUUUCUGAAUAAAGCCAGCCCCCUGGAAUGAGGGGCCAUUCUUGAGCAUGUCUGGGACUCCCCCGUUAAAGCCUUCCCCCAGGUGAAACUGAUGUUGGAUUCCGAGUUCCUCUGAUUUGCCUGCCUUCCUAACUUUUUUUAAAAGGGUUCCUGGUAUCAUAGUUAUUCUCAGGACGAUAUUAGUGGUGGAUUUACAGGGAGAUGCUCAACCAUCAUUCAUUCUAGUCCUGGAUUGUCCAGCUUUCUCUCUAAUAGAGGGUUUAGUUUAUAUCUGUUUGCUUUGCCAAAGGCUACUGUGUUAAACUGCUGUCCCCAACAGAACAUGUCUCAAGGCGUGCUCCUUGUUCUUGGGAGCAGGAUGGCGAAUAGUGUGAUUUUCUUAAAUAACUGUUGUAGAAAUGUGGUUUUUAUUUUAAAACAGUUCUGACCUGUCGGUUCCUGAGCUGUUUCCAGCAUUUCUCCUGGCUAUUGCAGUAGAUUUCCCAGAGUUCCACCUUUUAGUUGUGCUUUUUUAAGAGUGGCCUCCUUCUAUUUAAGGACCUCUUUCAAAAAGCCGGUUUCCAAGGCUUAGGAAAGAGUCCGCUUUCUCAGAGGAGGUAUUCCCUUUGAUAUGUUGAUGAUUGAGAAUGCCAGGGCAUAGAGCUUCCGGUGGCAGGAAAAGAUUUGAAUUAAAAAGCAGAACUCUUGUGGUUUCUGCCACUGAUCAGAGAGGAUGCGAGUGCUCUGGUUCUGGCCGCCUUUGUCUUGGGCAGGAGCAGAAACCAGGGCAGGGCUGGGAUUUGACUAAUGUUGCAGUUACACUCAGCGGAGGCCAGUUCAUUCCUCCCCAGCAUAGGAACCAAGGGACUGGUAUUACUAGAGGAGUUGAAAGAAUCUCAUGUCCUACCAAUCUUUGCAUUCCUCUAGUAAAUUUAGAUGUUUUAGAAACAAAUUCUUGUGACGGACUGAUUUCUCCAAAGGAAAAAACUUCACCCCUGGCCCUGCUCCCCUCUGCCUGGCAGCAGAGGUUACAGCUGAGACCAGGCUCUGCCCCACCCCGUUCCCUCUCCCUGUCUCUGAGCUCGUUCCCUAUUUGGGGGUUUGGAGUUAAAGCAACCUCAAAAUAUGUUCUUACUGUAUAUAUCCUGAACCUGCUUUGAAAACCAGUGUGUCUUUGUUUAAGUUCUAUAUUUUAUGUUUGUGUUUUACUCUUUAAUGUUAAUAUGAAUAAAACAUUUACCAUGUGUACCAG